AUGGACACCAUCCCGCCAGAGAUCCACGCCCUCAUCUUCGCCUUCGCCUGCUCCGACGACGGCACGACAGGCCACUCCCUCUCCCGCGUCUCGCGCUACAUACGCGCCGUCUCCGCCCCGUUCCGUUGGCAGUCCCUCGUUGUCUCCGGCGUCAACCAGGCGCGCGGCCUCGCCGCCGUCCUGAGCGCCGCUACGCGCGAUGUGGGCACGACGCUGCGGCGCCCGGUCCACCACCUCUUCCUGUCGACGCGCCGCCAGGCAGACGCGAUCGACGACCACGCCGUCUAUGGCUGGCAGACGUCGACGCUGGAGGACUGGCCGGACUACCAGGCCGCGAUCCUGGCGUACGCCGCGCCGACGCUGGAGACGCUCACGUUCCUGGCCUUCGACCCGUUCUUCAGCAGCGCGAUGUGCAUCCAGGACCUGCUCAAGGUGCCCUUCCCGCGCCUCACGGAGCUGACGAUCCGCGGCCGCUGCACGCCGUCGCAGCUCUCGCUCACGGCGUACAUGGACGAGCCGGACAGCUUCACGGACGUCGAGUCCAGCGCGGAGCAGCAGCCGCCUGCGGACGGGUGCGCCGCGCGGGGCGCCCCGACGCGGCCGAAGCUGCAGCGGCUGCACCUGGCGUGCGCGUACCACGGGUUCGCGUACGGCACGCGCGCGACGUCAAAGCUGAUCCACACGCUCGCGCCGCAGCUCACGCACCUGCGGCUGUCGAUGCUGGACAUGUGGGGCAGCAAGCGCGUCGCGGAGAUCCUGCACGCGGAGUGCGCGGACCUCGGGAUUGCGCCGCGCGUGCUCCCGCUCGAGCCGCUGCCCGCGCCGGGGCCCAGGUUCGGCGCAGGAGCCGGGGUGGGCGUGGGCGGGGCGGCGGCGGCGGCGUGCACGGCGCAGGACGUGCGGUGGGCGCGCGUGCUCCCCGCGCGCGUGCAGCGCUUCGUGAUCCAGCCGCCGCCGACGGCGCCGUCGGACUUUUACUGCUCGUGCUGCAUGGACGUGCGCGGGGACGCGGACGUGAUGCGCGUGUUCGAGGCGAUGGGGCGCGGGGCGGACGCGCGGUUCCUGUACCAGCCCGCCCGGCAGCGCGGGGGGUACGGGUACGGGGAGGCGAAGGCGGACUGGCUGGCGCGCAUCGCGGAGCGCGGGGGGUGCUGGGAGGAGGCGGUGGGCGCCGACGCGGGGGCGGGGGCAUGGGAGGCGCAUGAAGGGGGGCGUGCGCACGAGGCGCGCGCGCUCGGGGCGGAGAUAGGAGCGAGCGGGCGUGGAGGGAACACGCCGCGCGUCGGGGAGGGGAAGAGGAGGAGGCUAUGGAAGAAGAUGCGGGGCUGGAGGGUUUGGCCGGCGUCGAGUGGGACGGCGGCACGGAAGGCGAAGGUCGCGCACUGGCGGACAGCGGCGUUCGGACGCCUGUCGCAGUUGUAUGAUGCAUUGAUGACCCGCGCGCCCCGAGGGGACCCGGACGCUGUUGUGACUGUCCCGGCUUGA